AUGGCGGAGUACUCGGGUGCUGAUGCCACUGUGCAGGCUACGAAUGAUAGCUCAAUCGUGAGUAAGGCCAGCACGGCAGCAGCAGGCUAUUUUGAGGAUCCCUUCGUCGGGCAUGUUGCCAUUCGUGGACCCAAGGGGCGCUUGAUUCGCAGGUCGCCUUUAGUGCACAGAUGUUACUAUGUUCGGCACCUUGGAGUCUUCCAGAUGCAGGAGACCUUUCUCCGGAGCUGUAUCUCACCUGGUGAUGCAUACAAUGUGGUCGUACUGGGGGCGGGCUUUGACACGGGUGCCCUUCGCAGGGGUUGGCCCCAUGGCCUUCGAGGCUAUUUUGAAGUGGACUUUCCAGCAGUGUUGCAGCGAAAAGAAGCUUUAUUAAAACAAGCACAAGUCCUAAGGCCUGAUUGGCUGCACAGCUGUGGCGCGGACCUGCGAGAUACGUCGGAAGUGGAAGCAUCCUUACGAUGUGCAGGUGUUGAUUUCAUGGUGCCAACACUUCUGAUUGCCGAAGUGGUCCUUGCUUACAUGGAAAACAGUGAGGGAGACGAGUUGAUUGCCUGGGUGGCCAAGGCCUUUCGAAAUUGUUUAUUCGGUGUAUAUGAGCAAAUAGGCCCCCAUGAUUCCUUUGGCCGAUUCAUGCGCAAACAUUUUUCUCAACGGCAAUGUCCAUUGAGGGCCUUGCUUGCGAAUCCUGACUUGGAGUGUCAGAAGAUACGAUUUCGUGCAUUUGAUCGCGUAGAUGCUGCUGAUAUGAUGUCAAUCCUCGCGGCAGCUCCGGUAGAUGAACUCAAACGUGCCUUCCAAUUGGAAGCAUUUGAUGAAUUUGAGGAGUUCCACCUGAAGUGCGUACACUAUUUUUGUCUUGCUGCCAUCUCGGGAACUUGUACCAGGGCAAGGCGACAAUGGCAGGUCGCAGUCCAGACGAACUCGUGUGCAGUCAACCCAAUGCUAAUGCCUGUUGAAGCUGUAAGUCUUGCCAUUCCAAGGUUUGGUCUUGCAGCAUCGUUUUGUUCGGGGCACAUCGUUAUCUCUGGUGGGCAGGGUACCUUCAAUGCUACAACUUCUGAUGCACCUCAUGGUCGUCAGGUCUCGAUCAUGGCCAUGAAGCUUGAGGCAUAUCCAUUCAGAAGCUGCGCUUCUAAACAAAUAGGUGAACACGCGGCUGCCAUGUACUGCACAUGUACCACAGUCAACGAUCAAGUCUUCGUUUUUGGAGGCCGACUGGCACCUCAACGGCCUAGUGCUGCCUUAGGAAUUUGCACGUGUCCAUCUUCUGGUCCUCCCUCAAUCCGGCAAGUUCACGAAGCUUAUCCAUGGCCCAUGGCACGUUGGCGGCACACGGCGACCAAAAUUCAUUUGGGAGGCCCCGGCUUGCUGGUUUUAGGUGGAAUCGGAGAAGCUUUGGAAGUGCUAAGCUUGGAAGAAGCAUGGUUUCUUGAUACGGAUUCCCUGACUUGGCAGCAGUUCUUUGUGGAACCUGCACCUGAUGGCGGCUUUCCUGUGGCACGGCAUUCCCAUGCUGCAGCACUUGGCUCUGGAGGUGUUUUAGUUUGUGGUGGCCUGGAUGCUGAUGAGCACAUUCUGGGUGAUGCGUGGACGUUGCAUGCGGUUUUUGAUGGGAUUCAGAACCGGUUCAGACUUGCGUGGCGGCGAGCCCUAUCACCCUUGCCACGCCCACGCUAUGGCCACAACCUGCACGAAUACUUUGGCCAUUUUAUCGUCGUUGGGGGAAUCGAUGCGACAUUGGGAUCGGCUUCUAUUUGUGCCUUUGGAAAGUCUUUUGCGGUCAGUUGCAGUGCCAUGAGAGAUGGUGAACCAGAAAUUUUCAUGUGGCACAAUUUGGCAUCAGUCAUGCUGGAAGACAGUGAAUUUCUUGUAAUCCUCGGAGGAGGCGGGAACUGCUUCUCUUUUGGAACUCAUUUGAAUCAAUCGGCAAGGCUCCUCAACCUGAGGGAGCUUAUCAAACAAGCUGAGAAGUCACAGACUGAGACCCUAUGUGCGCAAUGCUUGGGCUGGUGUUGGGGUGCACGGUAA